AUGGCUGCCGCUAUCAUUGACAAGGCCCGGGGACUCAGCGUCAUUAGCCGUACCCCUGACAACGAAGACCAGCCACUACAGAGAGAUAUUGAAUAUUCACAUUUCAUUGGAACAAAUAUUGGAAACAUUCCCCCUGCCGCAGAAAAACCAUACACCUACCUUUCAAAUCAGCCACUAUACCCGACUGACCAAGAACAAUACACUGGGCCGUCAAGAUUUGAUAAUUCUCACACAGUAAACGAGAAAACCGAAAGUAAAAACACAGAACCUAGCUCGCCUGUACAAAGACAAAACAGCCCAGUACACUGGCAAGCCAAGAACGAAGUAUCCAGACAUCGCAGAGACACCGCCAGAUCACCUAUCUCAGCUGUUGCUGGGGUGUUUCGGAACAGUUUCCGACAGCCCCGAGGCGGUGCUGACUCUGCCAUCGGGGAAUGGAACGUUAACAAUCCGGACAAAAGAUUUUUGGUGCGCGAAGGAGGCUUUAGAAGUGCCAGCUCCCCAGCAUCUUCAUCGUCACCAGCAUCGUCAUCGUCAUCAUCGUCUUCUCAGUUCGGAGACUGGUGGGACAAUGAUGCCUGGGGAAAAGGCUCAGAGGGAGACACCUCGGCCUGGUUCCUCCAGCCAUCCCAGAAGACACCGUCCGUAGACUCAGGCACAGCUUCUGUCAGUGGAGACUCCGGCACCAGCGCCUGGGGACAGGGAGAACCCAGUAUCUCUUUGCCAGUAUCAUCGUCAUCUUCAUCGUCGUCUUCGUCGUCCUCGUCGUCGUCAUCCUCCAACCCAUGGGGUGCUUCUUCUGGAACCAGCAGCUCCUCAUCACAGCUCGGCUCCUUCUCCUACAGCCUGUGGAAGAACGUGUCCGCCCAACAGUUGACGCAAGGCUCUUCAGGAGGUACAGCACAGAUGGCCACUUUCGGGGGGUCAAGUUCUGCUGGAAACGGAAAUGUCAACUCUGGCGGAUUCUCUACCAACGGUUUUACAGGACAGGGUCAAGGAGGAGGAGGAGGAGGAGGUGGUGGAUCGAGUUCCUCGUUUGUGCAACCUCAAGGAGGGGACGUGACAAACGGGUUCCUGCAAGGAGGAGGGAGCUCCUCCUCUCUGAACGGAAUGUUUUCUUUCGGCAUGUCCGGUUUUGACGGAUCUUCCGGAACGAAUGCAAAUUCCGGCGGCAUGACUUCUGCUUCUGGAGCAGCGGGAAACGGCGCGGAAGGAUUCUCUGGCUCUGGAGCUCAAGGAUUCGCUAACGUCGGUGCGGCAAACGGUGCAGGGGGUAUGGAUAAUGGUCAACAAGGAAAUAGUGUCCCUGGAAUUGGCCAAGGCUCCAACUCGUUUAGUGGGACCUCUGGGGCUGCAGGUAGUUCUGGAAGCAGCUUCGGCGGUCAGAUGGGUUCAGGGGGUGGAGGAGGUGGGAUGUUUGGAAUGGCCCCAGGAUUUGGCGGGUCGCAGGGUAACACGGGCGACAAUGCCGCGGGGUUAUUUUUCAAAUUUGAGCAAGCUCAAAAUAGCCUCGGGUCUAAGAGUGGCGCAGGGUUUGGGGAAGCCCAGGGCGUUGGUGGAGCAGCGUCUGCUGGUGUGGCUAGUAACGCGGGCAAUCAGGGCGGUACGGGGGGCGGGGGUUCGUUCCCAAUGCAGGGAAGUGGCUCUUCUAGUGGAGGUUCUUCCUCCCCGUGGGGGUCAUCGUCGUCAGGAGGAGGUGCUGGAUCGAACGCCAUGGGUCAAGCGGCGUCCAUGAUGACGUCAAACGUUCAGUUUCAGUUUAACGGCGGCCUCAGCGAAAAUAACGAUGCUUGGAAGUUUAGCGGUAUGACCAAUCCAGGUUUUUCUAGUCCAGGUUUUGGCGGUUCUCAAAAUACGGAUGGAAGGGGAGCAGGAGGUGGUAUGGGUGGUAUGGGUGGAAUGGGUGGUAUGGGUGGUACGGGUGGUAGCGGAUUUGGGAACACCGACGGUGGUAUGUUUAGCUUUAGCGGCAGUCCGGGUUUUGGAGGCUCUCAGGGUAGUGUAGGGGGCGGGACUGGAUUUGGAGGGCAACAGGGAAUGGGAGGAGGAGGAGGAGGAGGGGGGCUAAGUGGUUUCAAUAUGGGAGGCGGGUCUUCAAAUGGUGGCGGUGUGGAUAUGGGUAUGGGCGUGGCUUCGAAUCUAGGAGGCGGAGCUUCCAACGGUGGUGUGAAUAUGGGCGUGGCUUCGAGUAUGGGAGGAGGAGCUUCUAAUGGAGGCGUGAAUAUGGGCGUGGCUUCUAGCGUGGCCAAUGGCGGAGGAGCGUCAAAUGCAGGUGGGUCUCUCCUCGGUCAGGAGGCGUUGAUGAAUUUCACCAGGGUUGUCAGUUUGCAGGAGAUGCUGGACGCGGAAACAUCCGGAUAUACGGAUGCUUCCAGUACCGGUUCUGUCGGAUCGCCUUUCAGUAUCCCUCAGUUCCUCAGUGGUUCGGGACAGUCCAACCCUAUGGAGAACAGCCCCGCCAUGGCAGGUGGUCCCAGCGGCGUCAACUCUGGACCUUCCUCCAACAGUGGUAAUAUUUUCACAAAUGGUGGGGCUCCCAUCAGCGGGAUAAGUCUCGGUGGAGGGGGGCAGGUAAGUGUGCCGAGCAGUGGCGCCUUAUUCAACUUCGGUUCUGGGAACGGAGACCCGUCCAACACCGGCGGAGGUAACCCGGGUGGUGGUCAGGGAGCCGGUUAUCCGGGUACGGGAUCGCCGAUGAGUCAGUCUCAAAACGGUGGGGGGCCCGGAGGAGGUGGAACCGGUGGGCCUGGGGGAGGUGGAGGGGGCCCAGCCUCAGGGGGAAACGGAUUUCCGGGUACGGGCUCACCUUUUAACCAACCUCAAAAUGGCGGAGGUCCUGCGGGUGGGGGAGGGGGAGGAAGUGGAGGUGGAGGAGGUGUUAUGGGUUCUCCCUUCAUGUCUGCUAUGAACGCAGGGCAACCAUCGUUUUCCGGUUCCAGCGGUUCCCCAUUCGGUUCUUCUUCAUCCGGUUCACCUUUCAGCGGAGGGGGCGGUGCCGGAAAUCCUUUUACCCAGAACAUGAACUCGUUUGACCCUUUCUCGAGUGGCAACUCUCUCACGGGAGAUUCUUCCAACUUCGGAAACUCCCAAUCAAAUCAGUUUAUGCCACAAUUUAAUCCGAAUUUCGGAUCAUCUUCUUCAUCAGGCGAUGGUUCAGGGACGUUCUCAAUGUUCGAUCCCGGCACGGGAUUCGACCCAUUCUCCACCGGCAGUAGCGAUCAGUCAAGGGGCUCUUCUAACUUUUUCGGAAAUUUCGACCCUUCCUCUUUUUCAGGGUUCGGGGGAGAACGAAGCAGCGAUGAUGGUUCUUCAUUUUUUUCUCCAAUGUUUUCGUGGGGGAAGUCCGGCAGAGCUGGUGGGGGAGCCUUUAGUUUAGCUCUGACCCGACUGGUCAACGACCUUAGCUCCGUGUCCUACAGCGGUACGGGUGUUGCCAACGAAAGCUCUAAUACACCGGAGAAUGGCACUCUGAACGCAAUCGACGUCCCUUCUUCCCUUCUCAACUUGUCCCCUCUAUCCAGUGUCGUUGACGAUAAGUUCAUCUCCGAUGUAGUCACCAACUACUGCGCGCGGUAUCUUAUUACGUCUAAGAAGCGAAUGAAUCAGGAAUAUUAUGAUGAUGAUGAUGAAGGUGAGUUAGCCGGUCUCAGCAGAAGGGGCGUAGUUUCUGAAGAUGAUGAUGAUUUUGCUGAGGUGCGAAGCAUGACGUACAACGUGUGGAAAUUUUCUUAG